AUGAUGUUCUCCGGCAGCAAGCUACUUGCCGUGGCCUUGACUCUGGCCAGUUGCAUUACAGCAUCCCCAACCCUUAACCACAAGCGGACUAACGACGAGUCUGUUACUAUAGGCUACAGAACUGUGAGCGAAGAACAAGCUGCUAUUUAUAACGAGCAUGGAACUAUUGUUUAUAAAGGAAUACUGCUGGAGUCCAGCUUGGUGCUGGUGUUUACCUUACCGACCUCCAUGCAAGCUGAAGAAGACUCUAUAUGGUCGUGGUCCGUUACCUUUACAAAUUCCCCAUUACUUAGCUCCGAUUCUUAUACAUUUUUUAGGUUUUGCAUCGUUACUGCUGACCGCGCCGCCAUGGAACGGGUCUCCAAAGUCUGGGUACCUGAGAAGUACCAUGGCGAGGACCUAUGGCUGGGACCUAUUGAUCCUAAAAUACGCGAGGAAACACUACGCAAGUACGAUGAAAAAAUGAGCCGGUAUAUCAAGGGCCUGAGAAAUGACUAUACCCCUGAAGCGACCCUACGAUUUGGUCGCCUCGUCGGAUGGGAACCCCAAGACCAAAUGCUGAUCCCCCCUUUCCUGGCCUCGCCGGAAGGUGGUCUGAAUCUGAGAGUCCAUUGUGCAGAGAGGUCCGAUCUAAUUGAGGAAUACAUGCUCUCCUAUAUCCGUGAUGAUAUCUUCCGGAAAAAUUGCCAAGGACAUCGGGACUAA